AUGGAAAUUCCAAAACAAUACAAAUCACUCUUCAUAAUGAUGAUCUUCAUAACUAGAAAAUCAUCACAUGCCGCAAGAAACAACAUUCCAGCUCCAAACGAUCCAUCAUCAACAAACUCUGUUUGGAAAAUUACUGUGAAAAUCAUCAACGAUCUCGGUAGUACACAAACGUUACUGUAUCAUUGUAAAUCAAAAGACACUGAUUUAGGUAGCCGGAGUUUGCAAUCGGGUGAGUCGUGGUCGUUUACUUUUCAUCGUCAAUUCUUUGGAAGGACAUUGUUUUUUUGUUCUUUUGGGUUGCAAAGUAGAUGGUAUUGGUUCGACAUAUAUACAGACAAACGAGAUGGUCGUGGCGAUUACUGGUGCCAAAAGUGUUUGUGGAAGAUAAGACAAACCGGACCUUGUAGGUUUAACGAUGAAACUAAGGAGUUCGAUCUUUGUUAUCCUUGGAAUUAUUCCUUGUACUGACAAAGAUAUAACCCACAAGAAUUUAUGCGUU